AUGGAGCCCAGCGGGUGGCUGCCCGGCCCCCCUGCCGGCCCCGCACGUCUGGAGGACGCCCGCAACCUGGUGGCCUUCUCGGCGGUGGCUGAAGCGGUGUCCUCCUACCGGCUGCCCGCCCCGGCUUCGCCCUCGCUACUCUACAAGAAGUUUGACACCGAGAUGAGCCGGGGGGGGCUGGUGCCGCGGGACGGCGUGCCAAGGGGGGAGGACCUGCACGCCCUCAAGGCCGCCCUCGCCCUGGCCAAACACGGCAUGAAGCCCCCCAACUGCAACUGCGACGGCCCCGAGUGCCCUGACUACCUGGAGUGGCUGGAGCAGAAGAUCCAGGUGGCCCUGGGAGAGGCCCCGCUGCCCCACGCCCCGCCGCCCCCCGACAAAGGUGCUAUCGCUCCCCCCGCGGUGCUGGAGGCCACCGAGCCGUGCCCGUCGGACGGCCUCCCCUUUUCCCAAAGUGCACUGAAUAUUGCCAAGGAGAAGAACAUCAGCCUGCAGACGGCCAUCGCCAUCGAGGCGCUGACGCAGCUCUCAGCCACGCUCCCUCAACCUGGUGCUGAUGGGCCACCUCCCCCUCCGCCACCGCCGCCGCCCCCCCCCGGUGCCUCCUGCCCCCCCAGAGCCAUCAUCGACGUGGUGCCUCCGUCUGGGACCACUGACCCUAUGGCGGAGCUGGAGCAGCUCCUGGGCAGCACCGAAUACAUCGCUGUGGCCUUCAAGCGGCCCGAGGCUGGCAGAGCCCCCCCUGCAGCAGCCCCAAAGCCCCCGGAUCGGACGCCGGGCAAGGAGACGGCAAGCAGCCCCCACGUGCUGCAGGAGCCCGACCUGCACAGGAAGACACAGAUGGUCCUGCAGCAGCACCUGCACCACAAGCGCAGCCUUUUCCUCGAGCAGAGCCUCUCCGCGACUCCCCCGGAGCGCCCACCUGGCUGGUGGACCCCCAGCACGCCCAAGACCUUUGAGAAGCAGGCCAAGGAGAAGAAGAAAAGGAUGCAGCCAGACAAGCCAGCCCGCAAGCAGGUGCAGAUCAAGAAGCCCAAGCAGAAGGAUUCACAGCCGCUCUUCCUGCCCUUCUGGCAGAUCAGCCUGGAGGGGCUGCGGACCCCCGCCGAGCCCACCGCCACAGCGCCACAGCCCCCACCGCCCGCCCCAUGCCCACCCACUGCUUCCGACUCUCAGGAAAGGGGAACCCCUGGGGGGGACACCCACAGCCACCCGCUGGCGCUGGGCCCGGAGGGAGCGCCGCCCGCCAUGGUGGACGACAAGCUGGAGGAGCUUAUCCGGCAGUUCGAGGCCGAGUUCGGGGACACCUUCAGCCUGCCGCCCACCGGGACCACCGCGCUGCCAGAGGGGCAGCUGCCAGCCCCGCAGGUGCCCCCCACCACCGCCAGCACCGCCGCUGUGGCCCCCAGCAGUGCUGGCCCUGGGGGCUCCGCGCUGUCUCCGGAGAAGGGACCUCCCCCAGAGCACCUCUUCUCCGUGCGCUCGCCCAAGCAGAUCAAAAUCGAGUCCUCUGGUGCUAUCACCGUGGUGUCCACCACGUGCUUUUACUCUGAGGAGAGCCAGAAUGCCGAUGAGGCGGAGGGGACGCCCACCAAGGAUGAGGUGCCGCUGACCCCCACCCUCAGCGGGUUCCUGGAGUCGCCUCUCAAAUACCUGGACACGCCGACCAAGAGCCUGCUGGACACCCCCGCCAAGCGUGCGCAGGCCGAGUUCCCCACCUGUGACUGUGUGGAGCAAAUCGUGGAGAAGGACGAGGGGCCGUACUACACCCACCUGGGCUCGGGGCCCACCGUGGCAUCCAUCCGGGAGCUGAUGGAGGAGCGGUACGGCGAGAAGGGCAAAGCCAUCCGCAUCGAGAAGGUCAUCUACACUGGGAAGGAGGGGAAGAGCUCCCGGGGCUGCCCCAUCGCCAAGUGGGUGAUCCGGAGACACAACCAAGAGGAGAAGCUGCUAUGCCUGGUGCGUCACCGAGCUGGCCACCACUGCCAGAAUGCUGUCAUCAUCAUCCUGAUCCUGGCCUGGGAGGGCAUCCCCCGCACACUGGGCGACACGCUGUACCAGGAGCUCACUGACACCCUCACCAAGUACGGCAACCCCACCAGCCGCCGCUGCGGCUUGAAUGACGACCGGACUUGUGCGUGCCAAGGCAAGGACCCCAACACCUGCGGCGCUUCCUUCUCCUUCGGCUGCUCUUGGAGCAUGUAUUUUAAUGGCUGCAAAUAUGCCCGAAGCAAAACUCCACGGAAGUUCAGGCUGGUGGGGGACAAUCCCAAGGAGGAAGAGCUGCUCCGGAAAAGCUUUCAGGACUUGGCCACUGAGGUUGCUCCGCUUUACAAGAGGCUGGCACCACAGGCCUACCAGAAUCAGGUUACCAACGAGGAUAUCGCAAUAGACUGCCGGCUGGGCUUGAAGGAGGGGAGGCCAUUUUCAGGGGUGACAGCAUGCAUGGACUUCUGUGCUCAUGCUCACAAAGAUCAGCAUAACCUCUACAAUGGCUGCACAGUGGUCUGCACGCUGACAAAGGAAGACAAUCGCGUGGUGGGGAAGAUUCCCGAAGAUGAGCAGCUGCACGUCCUCCCCCUCUACAAGAUGUCCAGCACGGAUGAGUUUGGCAGCGAGGAGAACCAAAACGCGAAAGUGGGCAGCGGGGCCAUCCAGGUGCUCACAUCCUUCCCCCGCGAGGUGCGUAAGCUGCCUGAACCCGCCAAGUCCUGUCGGCAGAGACAGCUGGAGGCAAAGAAAGCCGCAGCGGAGAAGAAGAAACUGCAGAAGGAGAAGCUGAUGACACCAGAGAAGAUCAAGCAGGAAGCGCUCGAACUUCCUACACUCCAACAAAAUGCAGGUAUGGCGUUGAAAAGUGGGCUCUCCCCACAGCCGCUGAAACCUUCCAUCAAAGUGGAGCCGCAGAGCCAUUACAACGCCUUCAAGUACAACGGCAAUGCGGUGGUGGAGAGCUACUCGGUGCUGGGCAGCUGCCGGCCCUCCGAUCCUUACAGCAUGAACAGUGUUUACUCUUACCAUUCCUACUAUGCACAGCCCAAUCUGCCUUCCGUGAACGGGUUUCAUUCCAAGUUCACGCUGCCCUCCUUUGGGUAUUACGGUUUUUCCAACAACCAUGUGUUCCCCUCGCAGUUUCUGAAUUACGGGGUGCCUGAGAGGGGCGAGAGCUGGGUGAGCAACAGCUACGAGAAGAAGCCCAACAUUCAGGUGCUGCAGGAGAACCUCAACCAUACCUACAGGAACACGGAUUUCCCUGAGCCCAUCCCACACAGCGUCCGGAGCAAAAACCAUCACCAGCGCACCUACGAGCGGGCCAGCCGCUAUGCCAGCCAACAGAAGACGGCUGCGGCCGGGGUGCACAGGACUAGCACAGGCUCGGAGGAGGCAUCGCCGUUUGCACAGAACUGUUUUGGCAGCAGGGCCAUCAAGCAGGAGCCCCCGGACCCUCCGCCCAGCAUCGAGCCCCUGAGCAACCCCGCGGCAGCCGUGCCCGGCACCGGCCUGGCUCUACCUGCUGUCCCCGUACCGGAGCAGCAGUGGAGUCCUUACAAAACGUCGUCCCGAGGUUCGUCUUCCCCCGAGCGGACUAGUGCGGCUGAGAGCUCGUGGAGCAGCCUGGUGCCAGGCGCCGGAGGACGGGAGAAGCUGAGCGCCUUCGAUGCUGCCGUGCGCCUGCCGCUGCCGGAGAAGCAGUGGCCCAAUGUCCUGGCAGAAGAAACGUCGUCGUCGUGCAGUUCCAGCUUGCUGCCGAAGCCGUGGAGCCCUUGCAAGCUGGGGGAGACGGUGCUGGGCGGUGCGGGUACCCCGACCCUGCGGGACAAGGGCUGGGAAUUGGGACCGCUGGGCUUCGGCUCGGCCCUGCCGGAGCUGCCUGUCUUCUCUGAAGAGCCGUGGGGUUCUGGCAAGGCGGAGGAGCGGAGGACGCCGGCACCCACGGCGGGGCUGCCUGAAAAGCCGUGGGAGGCAGCGGUGCGUGAGAAGGGGGCAGUGGGGGUCCGUCAGGAGAAGCCGUGGGAUCCUUUUGGGCUGGAGGAGGGCGUCGAGGAGGCGUCGGUGAAGGCGGUGAAGGAGGAAGAGGAGGAGGAGGAAGAAGAGGAAGAGGAGGAGUGGUCGGACAGCGAGCACAACUUCCUGGACGAGAACAUCGGCGGCGUGGCUGUGGCGCCCGCGCACGGCUCCAUCCUCAUCGAGUGCGCCCGCCGCGAGCUGCACGCCACCACCCCGCUGAAGAAACCCAACCGCUGCCACCCCACCCGCAUCUCCCUGGUCUUCUACCAACACAAGAACUUGAACCAGCCCAACCACGGCCUGGCGCUGUGGGAGGCCAAGAUGAAGCAGCUGGCGGAGCGCGCCCGCGCACGGCAGGAGGAGGCGGCGCGCCUGGGGCUGCAGCAGGACGCCAAGGCCUUCGCCAAGAAGCGCAAGUGGGGCGGCGCGCUGGCGGCCGAGGCGGCCACCAAGGAGCGGAGGAACGCGGUCCCCACGCGGCAGGCGGUGGCCAUCCCCACCAACUCUGCCAUCACUGUGUCCUCCUACGCGUACACCAAGGUGACGGGGCCCUACAGCCGCUGGGUCUGAGGCGGAGGCGGCCGCCGCAGCCCUUCUUACCUCAAAGUCGGCAGCACUGGAGUCCCGGUGCUGCUUUGUGGUGCUUUCUCCUCGGGCAUGGGGGAGAAGAAAAAAAAAAAAGAGAAAAAAAAAAAAAAAAAAAAGCAGGAAAAAAAAGAAAAAAAGAAAGCAAAAUAAACCAACGUUACGCUUGGAAACAACGGAACCGACGCGGGUGCGAGCUGCACUUGGCAAAGAGUAGGAAAAUAGGAAAGGAACAAUGCUCUUUGACGUUUUUCGGUAACCUAAUAUUUAUAUCUCUGUGUUUUUUUAAUCUAUCCUUGUGCACUGCAAGAAUGGAGAGAGAAGUUUAUAGCGUCCUUUCGCAAAGGAGAGGUUUUUAAUUCCACUUAAAACCGCGUAUUUAUUGGAUUAUUAUUAUUAUUUUUUAAUCUGACGAGAAUGACGAAGCCGACCUUCAAAAAACGAAGCGAACAUCGAGGAAAAAAAUACAUGGAUAAAUUAGAAAAAAAGGAAAAAAAUGAGAAACAACCCGAACACCAAACCAGCGUAUAAAGGCAGAGGUGGAUCUCCGCAGUGCCGUGCAGGCGGCGCGGAUCAGGGGCGGCCUCACAGAGCCACCUGGAAACGAGUGCUCUAACGUCAGCCGGAUGCACCGAACAUCCAGUUUUUUUAAUUGUUGGUUCCCAAGGACCCACAGUGGCUGUUUUACAACUGGAGGAGUCCAUCCCCAUGGGUGGAGACCUCAGGGCAUCGUGUGGAGGGUGCUGCUCCCGGAGCUCCAUGCUUGGGUCCGGGGCUCUGCGCUCGUUUGGGGCUCCGUUGCCCUAAGGAGAAGAGGAGCAGCUCGGCUGCGUCUCCGAGAAACCCAACAGGAAUCAAACACGUAAAUAGGAAAAAGAAAAAACACAAACCCACAAAAACAACACAAAACUGUGAAUAGCUAGUGUUGCUCUCUGUACAUCACUGUUGCUGAAGUCUGGUGCUUUCAGUCUCUGGGGGACUUUGGCCGUACGAGCGGCUCUGGGAGGAGCAAACCCACACUCUGGGACUCGUCUCCCCACACUCUCAGUCCGAUGGGUGAGUCGGCGCGGCGGCGCGCUCCGUGUUUUUCUCUCCCCAGGUGCCAUCAUCUCACCUUCCUACAGGUUGCUGUUCUUCCCACAGUAAAAGAAAACCAACCAACCGACCCACCGACCAACAACCUUUCCAACCCACCCACCCACCAACCCACCCACCCACCAUCCAACAACACUGCGUGGUGCUUUCCCAACAACCUCAGCUGAGGCUGCCACCCUCGAGCCAUGCUGGGCGCUGGGUGCGGGACGGGGCAGCGCCGUCGCUUUGCACUUCCAGGUGCCUUUUGGGGAGCACGCGAGCGAGAGCCGGCGCCGUCACCGUGCUGAAGUCACUGCGUGCGUUUACUGCAACCCCACGCACCGGCGCAGCUCAGCAGGAUCUCGGUAGAACAGCCUGAACCUUUGUGUAGUCAGUCUGAUUUUAAAACCUGUACAUAGGGAAAGAAUUUUUUUAAAAAGCACUUUCACCUAGAUUUAAAAAUGAAAGCGAAACUUAAAAAAAAAAAAAAGCAAAAAAAAAAAAAACAAAAAAAACAAACACCCUCUCCCCCCUCCCGACAACUUGAAAGCAGUAUGUUUUAGACACAGUUAUGGUGGGAGAACUGUAAAUACUGGCAGAAUAUUUAACAUGCUUUGUCCGUCCUUCAUAAUUUGUUUUUUUUUAACUGUAAUCUGUAAAGUCGCAUAUAUUUGACAAGGAAAUUCAAUGAGCUAUUAUCGCUUUUCUUAUAAGUACCCAAUAGCAUAUCAGGAUUGUAGAGUUCAUGGCAAGUCAGACCUUAGGUUGGCCUGCGGGUGUCCUGGGGCUGCGUGCCUCAGGGCUUGGCUAUGGGUAUUGGCCAUGGCGUUCAGCUGUUGGUCUUGGCCAUCGGUCAUGGCCGUGGUUUUGAUCAUGGAGUUCAGCCAUGGGUCUUGGCCGUAGCAUUUGGCCAUAGAUCUUGGGUGUAAGUCUUGACCGUGGAGCUUGGACAUAGAUCUUGACCAUGGAGCUUGGCCAUGGGGCUUGGUCGUGGUUUUAGCUGUGAGUCUUGACCAUGGAGCUUGGCCAUGGAGCUUGGCUAUAGGCCUUGGCUGUAGUGUUUGGCCACGGGUCUCAGCCAUGGGGCUCAGCUGUGGUGCAGCUGCAGUGCUGUUUGGAGGUCUAAGAAUGAAAGAGGUCGGAUUCGGGUGCCGGCCUUGGUUUGCUUCGCCCAGGUCUUGUCUGACUUCCGUGCUGUAGGUUGUCGCAGGGGUGCCUUGAAAGCUUUGCGUAGAUGAUGUUAGCAAGAAAUUUGGGAGAAAGGGGCGCGUUUGGAGAAUGUUUCGGUCCGUGCAACCUGUCUAAGUCCUGCUUCCUUGGAGGUGUCUGGUUUGGGGGCUCGCUCCUGUGCGGCGUCCCCCCCUGCCUUGAAGGGAGGCUCAAACUGGUCUGGGGGGGGGGGGCAGUGAUGUGUGGGUCAGGGCGAGAACUGCUGCAGUCUCACGUUUUUACACUACAUUACGUAUAACCUACCUCAAAUCUCAGUCAUUGAAAAUUAGCAUGCUUCAGACUUCUUAUAUGAAAACUAGAAAACUAUGCACAGCUCUUUAACCCCUUGCUGCUGAGAGUCUGUUUUAAGCAAAAUCUUUUUCUUUAUCUUUACCAGCACCCGCGCUUGUCCCACCUGCGCAGAAGCCAUGGGGUGGAAGCACUGCGGGGACGUCCUGGUGCGGGGUGGGCAGUGGGGUGCGCUGGGGGCGGCGUUUUUAA